CGGCGAUGACGUAAUGGGAGCCGCCUCGGCACAAAUAGGUUUCCUUUGUACUGUUGAUCUUCAAUCUCGUCCGUCCGGCGAAAAAUGUUAGGAAACUGUUGAUAUUGCUACUCAGUUGAUAUUGCUGGCAUUAACUUCCACUUGUGACCCUUCUUUUUCUCAACAUUCACUUCAAAGUGCAAGGUCAAUUUUUGGACUUUCGAAUAAGGGACUGUCAUUGAAUGGCAUGGGUUGUGUUUAUAGCAAGCAGAGAAGGCACGAAACGAACGGAAAUUUGAAGAACAAGAAGCACAAAAAAGCUCAAAGUUUCGAUAAUGUGAAUGCCGAUGAUAGAUAUCCACGGAAUCAUGAACCAUUACCAGAUAUUCCAGUGGAAAAUGAAAUUCAACAUCCGCCGGCGGAACAGAAGCUUCUGUUUGUCGCGCUUUACGACUACGACGCGCGAACGGCCGAAGAUCUGAGCUUCAAAAAAGGUGAAAAUCUUGAAGUUAUAAACAACGAAGGAGGCGACUGGUGGCAGGCAAGAUCGCUUGUGACGAAUGCUGUCGGCUACAUUCCCAGUAACUAUGUCGCUCCUGCUUCUUCUCUUAAAAGCGAAGAGUAAGUAUUCAUAUAUACUGUAGCUUUCAAAAAUUGAGUUAGUCAACGCCGGAUAAAUUUGGUGUUAGUGUGCAUUACAUUCAUUCACUUCUUUGCUGACAUUUCGUCCUUCACCGAACCUAGAAAAUACGACUUUCACUUGAACGAAGCUUUUUCAUUUUAAAGUGAACACUUUCAGUGAUUGAAAUUCAAUCAUUCCUAAUUACCACAGCGUUCACUGAAGACUGUGCGGAUAUUUUAAACAAGCUUCUUAUUCCUGGUUAUUUUGUAGUGUAUUUUUUUGCUAGAAUACCUUAUAUUUGUUACCAAAGUUUCGACUUUGAACGGUCGUCAAAUGCUUUCAGUUCCGUUUUGAAGGUCCAUGUUAGACAAAACCUGUUUAUGGACUUGAGCAUUGUUGUAGAUUCCAAAUGGAAACAGUAGGGAAUUUCAACGGAAUGCUUUAAUGAAUUAAUUCUAAAACAAUUAGAAAAUUACCUCGUUCUUUGCUUUUCCAGAAGAUUUCACAAUAAAAGUGAAGUAUUAGACUUAUGAAAAUGAAAUUUACAAAACGUGUAAUUGGUUUACAACGCCUACUGUACGUGGAUUAGACAUUCAUGAAGAUAAAGCAUUUCUCGUGUGAUUCUACAUUUCUAAUAAUUACGGAAUAUGUGACUACGAAAAACCUUUUGCAAAUGUUAUAACCAAAGUAGCGUUCCUGCUAAUUUAUAGAUCAUAGUUUGAAUUUUAGUGGGGAAAUAUUACGUCAAAAUUGAACACGAACUAAUCUUCUACAGACGUCAAAAUUGAAUGCAAACUAAUCUCAGUUGCCACAAUUUCCGGUUCUUGAAAGUAGAAAUACAAACAACAACAAAAGCUGAUUUUGUGUGGUUCUUAGAACUCACUGCACUUAGGAAGAAAUACGUUCCAGCUUGGAGUUUUCCUUUAUAUGUUUAUCAUAUAUCUAUUGUGUAAAUACUUCACUACUAAUAGAAGAUCACACGUGGAGUUUUGACAGAUACAUAACUUACUUAUAUUUACUUUUAUACUUCAAAUAACUUUGUAUAAACAAGAAUAAAGACCCCUCUGGAUUUAUGCAUAAAAAAGACUGCCAUUAGCUAUUGUAUCAACUAAGACCUUCAACGAAAAGUUUUGCUCCUUGGAAGCCAGCUAAGAGAGCUGAGAUACGCUUUAAUGCAAUGGUUGGUAGUUUGCUUCUAAUCCUAUAUAUUUGAGAGAAAAUUGAGCUUAUUUAAAAGUCAAAACAAACUGACAAAGUUAUCGUAGUGCAACAAAGAUUUAGUCAAAUAUUGCUUUUUGAAAAAAGCUUAAAAAAGCCAAACGAUGAUUAGGUCAUGUCCUUGCCCGCUUGUGUCAGAUGAUUAAUGUACUGGCCGACACAUUCUUGUUGCAUACAAGCAUGACCUUGGAAAUUGUUAUUAUUAUUUAUGUCAAACAUUUAAGUCUCUCAGUUUCAGUUUUCUCAAGUUUCAGCUAAAAUGUGAAGCAGCAAAUGAAACUCAAUCAUCCUUAUCAGGUCAUAAAGAACCCACUUGUAAGAAAAUAGCACCAGAUUUAAAGCGGACACCUGUUUAAAUAUUCAAUUUUGUUAAUUGUAAUUCAUUAUUAUAUUAAAUUGCCAAUGAAAAGUUUAUCCUGCGAUGGUGAAGAGGUGAUCCGCUAGGUAGGUACUUAAUAGACUCUCUAAAAGUUUGACAAAACAUUUAAGUUUAACUACAAAAGAUAAAAAGCUAUCUACCUGAUUAAUGUUUACUGUAAUUAUACACAAUGAAUAAUCAAUAACCAUUGCAUACAUGGAUAGACUGUCAAAAUGACUGAACACUGGCUUAACUUGCACUAAAAUUAUUAUGCAUACCAACAACAUUAAUUGAACAACAGAUGGCAUGUACUGCCAAUAAGGAAAGAUGGUUCUAUAAUAGGAUUUUUUGGGGCAAAAAAGAUAUGUGUUAACCGAGACUAGAAAAAGCGUAGAUUUGAAGUCAUGGGAUUGCCUUGUGUCCAUGAAGCCCAGCACCAUUUCUGGUGGAAAAAAUACAUUCACGAGUGAAGAAUUGAUUCAAAAGAAAAAGAAUCACUGUCAAAUUAUUGAUAAGAUAGGGUUUUUCUUGUGGUUGCCAGUUUAGUUUAAAAAACACAGUGGUAAUGCUAGUAGGUGUAUUGUGAGAUCGGCAUUAAAAAAAAAACAAAAUAUGUAGCUCUUUGUUGGAUAAGCUCAAUAGCAGAAAUAUCCUUUGAGGUAUUAUGGUGAGCAGGUAACACUGCCUGCAUGCAACUAUUGCCUUCAAUAUGACCUCUGCUUUAUGCAUGUAAUAAAAAUACCAUAUGAAAUAGUUAUUAGAGAGAUUUAGAGUUACGUUUAUGGCAAACAGAAAACAUGGAUUUGUACCGCAUGACCAAGCUUCCCCUGUACUUGUUGUUUACUGUUCAUCAUUACUACACAGAAGCCAUUAGUUUCAUGCCCUUUUUAUCCAUUUGAAUUGUUUAUGAACGGUUUUUAUCAGCUCAGUCUUACUGGAGAAUUUCUAAACUUGAAUCUGCCAUCUGGUGAAAAGAUGACUCUAAAUGUCUCUGUUAAAUCUGUUGGUGGUAUAGCUUGCACAAAAGUGUAACUCAUGAUCAUCAUUCCAAUAUUUUCACAUCAUGGCUGAAUAAUCUUAGGUGUGAUGGAAAUUUAUGUUAGAGUACAUUAACUAUAGAAAUAAUCAAGAAAGAUAAAGUACUAUAAAAUUAAUUAUGAUUAUGAUUAGUUAACUGGGGUUUGUAUAAUAAAUUAUUCUGUUAUCCAGUUUUUUGGUUUAUAAGGUGUUUAAGUGUCUUAAUAAAUAAUGAUGAUAAUGAAAAUAGUAAUAAUAAUUGUAUUGAAAACAUAGGGUCGAAUCUCGAUGCAAGAUACAGUAAAAACAGUAAUGCGUGACAUAACAACGCUCAGCUUGAAAUCUACAUAGUCAUGACUUCACAAAGCCUUCUUAUCCACAAAUACCAAAGGUCAUUGAUAUGCAAUAGAAAAUGAUGAAAAAGCUUAGUUUUCCACUGGAGUUAAAAGCUUAUUCAAGCUCUCAAAUGAAAAGCGUUAUAACAUCCUUGGAAACAUAUAAGAAUAUAAAAACCAUGCACUGUAGUGAAACCUGGACACACUUCAUUUACAUGGAUUUCAGGGGCGGAUCUAGGGGGAGGGUGCAGGGGGUGCGCACCCCCUCCUGAGAUGACCUGCGGUUUUCUAAUACAACUGGUUUUCUGCCAAACUAUGUGGUUUAUUGGUGUUGAAGUAGAGCAAGAGAAGAGUGCACCCCCUCCUAAAAAAAUCCUGGAUCCGCCCCUGGAUUUCUAGACUUUGCUAACACUAGUAUCUUACUGAAAACUCAUCCCGUACUAAGCUGAGAUUAGGCUCUACUUCCAUCUUGCUUCAAGGCAAAUUGAGGAGUUGUAACGUUUAGUGCAGUACUUGUGUACCUGAAUUACAUGUGCUUGCGAAUCGAACAAUGAUUGUUGCAUCACUUGCAUUUGCAUUCACAUGAUUACUGUAACGUCAGACGGACCGUAAUCUUAACAGGAGGGUCUUUGUGGUCACAUACCAUGCAUAUUAGUUGGUACAACAUGGGCAUCCCAAGAAGGUGGACAGAUUGUGGAAAAACCUCACUAUACAGUUUAUAAAGUACUGCUGACCAAGAAUAGUCUAUGGGCUCACUUUUGUUUGCCUGCAAUAAUAGUAUGAAUUUUUCCCAUUCAAUAAAUGCUUUGCUUGAUUUCUUUUCUUAGUUUGUUAUUUGAAUUAAGUUUUGAAUUAAUUUGUUUGUGUAACUCCUUUUUAGAUGGUUCUUUGGGCCAAUCAAGAGAGUUGAUGCUGAAAAGAUGCUCAUAAUGCAAGGGAAAAGCGGUUCAUUUCUGAUCAGAGAAAGUGAAAGCAAACCGGGGGACUAUUCGCUUUCUCUGAGAGAUGGAGAAAUAGUGAAGCACUACCGCAUUCGGUCCUUAGACACUGGAGGCUUUUACAUUGCUCAUAGAGCAAGGUUUGCAACAUUGAUUGAGCUUGUUGAACAUUACCAAGCAAAUGCUGAUGGACUUGUAAUUAAACUGGACAAACCUUGUCCCACACUUGCUACUCCCGCUCCCAAAGAUCUUGCUUAUAAUACAAAAGACCAGUGGGAGAUCCCUCAUGAAUCAAUACGACUUGUGCGCAAGCUUGGGCAAGGACAGUUUGGAGAAGUGUGGAUGGGACUGUGGAAUAAUACCACCCCUGUGGCUGUAAAAACACUGCGUCAGCAAGUUAGCAUGUCACCCAAAGCAUUUCUCUCAGAGGCACAGAUCAUGAAAAGGCUUCGGCAUGACAACCUAGUACAGCUUUAUGCCGUCUGUACUCAGGAGGAACCAAUUUACAUUGUGACUGAAUUAAUGGAGAAUGGAAGUUUGCUGGAUUAUUUAAAAGGUCCAAGGGGAAGAGAUCUUGGCCUUCCACAGUUGAUAUACAUGUCAGGGCAAAUUGCUGCUGGUAUGGCAUAUUUAGAAAUAAAUAAUUAUAUACAUCGUGACUUGGCAGCAAGAAACAUUUUAGUGGGAAAAAACAAUGUAGUAAAAAUAUGUGACUUUGGGCUUUCAAGAAUUAUUGACGAUGGCGAAUACAAUGCCCAUGCAGGAGCAAAAUUUCCCAUAAAGUGGACUGCCCCUGAAGCUGCCUUGUACAAUAAAUUUACAAUCAAGUCAGACGUCUGGGCUUUUGGUAUUCUAUUGAGUGAACUCAUAACAUAUGGACAGGUACCGUACCCCUGUAUGGGUAAUGCUGAAGUGCUUGCUCAGGUGGAGAGAGGCUAUCGAAUGCCCCGUCAUCCAAACUGCCCACCUAGCCUGUACCAAAUAAUGAUGGAUUGUUGGAAGGCUGAACCUAUGGAAAGGCCAACAUUUGAAACUCUGCAGUGGCGAUUAGAAGACUUCUUUGUCAUGGACACCACAAACUAUGCAGAUUAUCCAGAAUCUUGAUAGUUUGACUAGAUAAAAGCAGGGAUUAUUCAAGUGUCUUAUAAUCUGAUUGUGGCAUGAAAUAUUUGCAUGAGCUAAUUUUCAUAAAUUUUGUAGAUUUUCUAAGUAAUUACACAAAUAAAAUCCUGUAAAAAUAAACUUUUGCAAAAAAAAGGAAUUUCAAAAAUUAACUCAAUGUUAAUGUUACUGAAUUUAACUUUAAUCGGAUGAGAUCAAGAUAAAGAUCUUUUUCCAAUAACUAAAUUUGAUAGCAACUUUUAAUAUACAGCAUUUCCUUCUGCAGAAUGCAACUACAUUCACAACAAUUUGUUCCCA